GGCUUGAAUCCGUCCCGAUGUUGAAAUUUUCCGGGGCAUGUAAAUUCUGAUAGCACUUUCUGCUCAGCAGCAUCCUGUACAUAAACAUCCCCCUACACCUAACCCCGAGUUUCGGUUGUUUCUUAACGAUAUAACAUUACAAAUUUAAGCUACUACAGGGGAUAUGAAAUUGUUUACAGCAAAUUUCUUGGCUUGCGCUGUGAAAAGUUGCAGGACAUCACCAGCUUCCUUUCCACUUCAUUUUCGAGAUGCCGAACUCGAACAACAGGAGCUUGACUUUCAACCGGAUUUUAUUCGUAAUAUACUUCCUCGACUUGACUGGGAUGCGCUACAGGUGAUUGCAAAUGAGCUCGGUUUCCCCAAACUUCCCGAGAACAAGCCCGCAGAUGACUCGCUGGGCGAUGAAGGCCUGUUAAGGGAUAUUCACAAACUUCUUCUGGAGACACAGGUCAUCGAGGGAAAGCUGGUCUGUGGAAACUGUGGUCAUGAAUACAUGAUUAAAGAAGGAAUCCCGAAUUUUCUUCUUCCAAGUCAUCUAGUCUAAUGUCGACGUGGAUCAUGGACUACAUGAUAUCUGUGUUGGUCAUCAUGCGUGCAAUACAUUCUGCGCAUACCAUCCUCCCCAUCUCAUCCUCCGGUGGACUGCGAGAUGACGAGUUUGGCACUAUAUAUAGAUUUUCGCUUAGCCACCGUUCGA